UCGGCCAUACUAACUUUCCCAUCUGCAAAAGCGCGCCCAAUUUUUUGGCAUCUUAUGUUUUUGCAAUAACACUUGCAUUAAUGUACUAAGAAUGGACGCCAAACGCAAGUUUAAUGGAACCUCCAAUGGCUAUGCUAAAAAGCCAAGAAAUCCCGAUGAUGACGAGGAAAUGGGGUUUGAAGCGGAGCUGGCGGCUUUUGAGCACUCCGAGGAAAUGGAUCAGACUCUGCUAAUGGGUGAUGGUCCUGAGAAUCAGCAAACUAGCGAAAGAUGGUCACGUCCACCUCCGCCAGAACUGGAUCCCUCCAGGGACAACUUACAGUUUCAGCAGCUGGAUGUAGAGAACUACUUGGGACAACCUUUGCCGGGAAUGCCAGGAGCGCAAAUAGGACCCGUGCCGGUGGUGCGUAUGUUUGGUGUCACAAUGGACGGCAACUCCGUAUGUUGCCAUGUCCAUGGCUUCUGUCCGUACUUCUACAUAGAGGCACCUGGAAAAUUUGAAGAGCACCAUUGCGAGAAACUGCAACAAGCUUUGGAUCAGAAGGUUAUAGCCGAUAUCCGCAACAACAAGGAUAACGUUCAGGAGGCUGUGCUCAUGGUGGAACUGGUAGAGAAGCUAAAUAUUCACGGUUAUAAUGGAGACAAGAAGCAGAGGUACAUUAAAAUAUCUGUGACGCUGCCCCGAUUUGUGGCUGCCGCUUCACGUCUUUUAAAGAAGGAGGUGAUCAUGUCCGAGAUUGACUUUCAGGACUGUCGUGCCUUCGAGAAUAACAUAGACUUCGACAUUCGCUUCAUGGUGGACACCGGAGUGGUGGGCUGCAAUUGGAUUGAGCUUCCAAAAGGGCACUGGCGGAUUAGAAACAGCCGCAGUAAGCCGUUGCCCGAGUCCCGAUGCCAGAUUGAGGUGGAUAUUGCUUUCGACAGAUUCAUCUCUCAUGAUCCAGAAGGAGAGUGGUCUAAGGUUGCUCCCUUCCGCAUACUUUCCUUUGAUAUUGAGUGCGCGGGUCGCAAGGGAAUUUUCCCGGAGGCGAAAAUGGAUCCCGUAAUUCAGAUAGCCAAUAUGGUAAUAAGGCAGGGAGAACGUGAGCCCUUCAUCAGGAAUGUUUUUACCUUGAAUGAGUGCGCUCCUAUUAUAGGAAGCCAGGUUUUGUGCCACGACAAGGAAACCCAAAUGCUGGACAAAUGGGCUGCCUUCGUCCGUGAAGUUGAUCCAGACAUUCUUACUGGAUAUAAUAUUAACAACUUUGACUUUCCCUACCUGAUCAAUAGGGCAGCACAUUUAAAGGUAAAGAACUUUGAGUAUUUGGGUAGGAUCAAGAACAUUCGCUCGGUGAUUAAGGAGCAGAUGUUGCAGUCAAAGCAGAUGGGUCGCCGCGAGAACCAGUAUGUUAAUUUCGAAGGAAGAGUUCCCUUCGAUCUACUGUUUGUCCUGCUGCGCGACUAUAAACUUCGCUCGUAUACCCUCAACGCUGUGAGCUAUCAUUUCCUGCAGGAACAGAAAGAAGAUGUUCAUCAUAGCAUCAUUACAGAUCUUCAGAAUGGAGAUGAGCAGACACGUCGCCGUUUGGCCAUGUACUGCCUGAAAGAUGCCUACCUACCGCUGAGGUUGCUGGAGAAGCUUAUGGCCAUUGUUAACUACAUGGAAAUGGCCAGAGUGACGGGGGUGCCACUGGAAUCCCUGCUCACCCGUGGACAACAGAUCAAAGUUUUGAGCCAACUUUUGCGCAAGGCCAGAACUAAGGGAUUCAUUAUGCCCUCAUACACCUCUCAAGGAUCGGAUGAACAGUACGAAGGAGCCACUGUGAUUGAACCAAAGAGAGGGUAUUAUGCGGAUCCCAUCUCCACGCUAGAUUUUGCCUCCCUAUAUCCGAGUAUUAUGAUGGCGCAUAACUUGUGCUACACCACCUUGGUUUUGGGAGGAACUCGUGAAAAGCUGAGGGAACAGGAGAACCUUCAAGAUGAUCAAGUAGAGCGCACGCCCGCCAAUAAUUACUUUGUAAAAUCGGAGGUGCGUCGUGGUCUGCUCCCUGAAAUUCUGGAAUCCCUUUUGGCAGCCAGAAAGCGUGCCAAAAAUGAUCUUAAAGUGGAAACAGAUCCGUUUAAAAGGAAGGUUUUGGAUGGCAGGCAGCUUGCGCUGAAGAUUUCAGCUAAUUCCGUUUAUGGAUUCACUGGCGCCCAAGUGGGAAAGCUGCCUUGUUUGGAGAUAUCAGGAAGCGUAACAGCCUACGGUCGUACCAUGAUUGAGUUGACCAAAAACGAGGUAGAGUCGCACUACACCCAAGCCAAUGGUUACGAGAAUAAUGCGGUGGUCAUCUACGGCGACACAGAUUCUGUGAUGGUUAAUUUUGGUGUAAAAACUUUGGAGCGAAGCAUGGAGCUGGGUCGCGAGGCGGCUGAGUUGGUCAGCUCCAAAUUUGUUCAUCCCAUUAAAUUGGAGUUUGAGAAGGUUUACUAUCCUUAUCUCCUUAUCAAUAAGAAACGUUAUGCGGGGUUGUACUUUACUCGACCGGAGACCUAUGAUAAAAUGGACUGCAAAGGCAUUGAAACCGUGAGGAGAGAUAAUUCCCCACUGGUUGCCAACUUGAUGAACUCCUGCCUGCAAAAACUUCUCAUCGAAAGGGAUCCCGAUGGAGCAGUGGCAUAUGUUAAACAGGUUAUUGCCGAUCUCCUCUGCAACCGCAUAGACAUCUCGCAUCUGGUUAUAACCAAGGAGCUGGCUAAGACUGAUUACGCCGCCAAGCAGGCGCACGUAGAGCUUGCUGCCAAGAUGAAGAAAAGAGAUCCUGGAACGGCACCCAAGCUGGGAGAUCGAGUUCCAUAUGUGAUAUGUGCAGCGGCUAAGAACACACCCGCAUACCAGAAAGCAGAAGAUCCACUUUAUGUGCUAGAGAACAGUGUGCCUAUCGAUGCUACUUACUAUUUGGAGCAGCAGCUAUCCAAGCCGUUGUUGAGGAUCUUUGAACCCAUUUUGGGGGACAAUGCCGAGUCCAUUUUGUUAAAAGGAGAACAUACACGCACACGGACUGUGGUAACCUCCAAGGUUGGAGGACUAGCCGGAUUUAUGACCAAGAAAACAGCAUGUUUGGGCUGUAAAUCCCUAAUGCCUAAGGGUUACGAGCAAGCCUGCCUGUGUCCACAUUGCGAGCCCCGAAUGAGUGAGCUCUACCAGAAGGAGGUGGGUGCUAAGAGGGAACUGGAGGAGACAUUCUCCCGCCUGUGGACAGAGUGCCAGCGAUGCCAGGAAUCCUUGCACGAGGAGGUGAUCUGUUCAAACAGAGAUUGUCCCAUCUUCUACAUGCGACAGAAGGUGCGCAUGGAUUUGGACAAUCAGCAAAAGCGGGUGAUGCGAUUCGGACUGCCCGAUUGGUAACCAAUGCAUGAAUUUACUGAAUUGUUUAAUCCUAUAAUUUAAUAAUUAUAUUACUAGAAGUUA